AACUUUUGUUGUUGGAGAGAGGAGUAUAAAAUUCAGCCGCAUCCGAAUUCAACAAUCCCUUGGUGGACUUCAAUUCCAUCUCUCCAGUGACCCCACCACACACCGAUCGACUACUAACACUAUGGUGCGCUCCGACGACGCUUUAUUCGAAGCAGACUCGCCGAAAGAUGAUUUUUACAGCGGCGGAGACAGUGACGUCUCCGAAGGAUCGGGAAGCGAUGGCGAAGCGGGAAGGGAUACUGAAUUCCUCGGAGAUGAUGAUCUUGAGUUGGAGACGAAUUUCACGAUCUUGAAUAGAGACGACAUCCGUCGCCUCAUGGAGGCCGAUAUGGCUCAAAUCAUCUCUGUCCUCUCAGUUUCCAGGGCGGAGGCAUCAACUCUUCUCCGCCGCUACAAUUGGAGCGUCAACAGAGUUCACGAGGAGUGGUUCGCGGACGAGGAGAGGGUCCGGAAGGAGGUGGGUCUGGAAUGGAAUAAACCCUAUGAAAGCUUUGAAUUUUCAGGUUCUGGAGAAAUCACCUGUGGAAUUUGUUUCGAUGAUUUGUCCCCCUGUAAAAUUUAUGCAUCCUCUUGUAACCACCCUUUCUGUUUAGACUGCUGGAGUAGCUAUAUAGGAACCGCCGUAGCAGACGGGCCGGGUUGCUUGAGCCUGAGGUGCCCCGACCCUUCAUGCAAAAUUGCUGUUAAUCUGGAUGCAAUUGAGAAUCUAGCCACGGAAGAUGACAAAAAGAAAUACUUUUGCUUUCUUUUCCGGUCUUACGUUGAAGAGAAUAUGAAAAUCAAGUGGUGCACAGCCCCAGGCUGCGAAUUUGCCAUCCGGUUCGAAAUUGGGAGCGAGAAUGCCGAUGUCAUCUGCGAAUGUGGCAACUUCUUUUGCUGGAAUUGCACAGAAGAAGCUCACAGGCCUGUGGAUUGCGAAACCGUUGGCAAAUGGAUUUUGAAGAACAAUGCAGAAUCUGAGAACACCAAUUGGAUUCUAGCUUACACAAAGCCAUGCCCAAAGUGCAAGCGCCCUAUUGAGAAGGGAGAAGGCUGUAUGAGGAUUACUUGCAAGGCUCCUUGCAGGUUUCAAUUCUGUUGGCUAUGCUUGAAUGAUUGGUCUGUUCAUGGGUAUAAUUCGUGUAAUCGAUACAAGCCCGGGAGUGAAGCUGAGAGGCGGAAGGAAAUGGCAAAGGUGUCUAUCCAGAGAUACACACACUACUAUGAGAGGUGGGCUGCUAAUGAGAAAUCAAUGAAGAAAGCCAUGGCUGACUUAAGAGAAAUGGAGGGUGUUAACGUGAUGAAGAUCUGUGAACAUCAGUCCCUUUCAUUGGCACAAGUGAAGUUCAUAGUGGAAGCUUGGAAGCAGAUCAUUGAGUGCAGGAGGGUGCUGAAGUGGACUUACGCUUAUGGGUUCUACUUGCCACAGGAGGAGCAUACCAAGAGUCAAUUCUUUGAGUACUUGCAGGGGCAGGCCGAGGAGGGAUUGGAGAGGCUUCAUCAAUGUGCAGAGAAGGAACUUGAGAUCUACCUCAGCCCGGAGGAAGCUGAUUCCCCUAAUUUCAGUGAUUUUCGUAUAAAGCUCACCGGUUUAACGGCCGUGACUAAGAAUUACUUUGAGAAUUUGGUUAGUGCUUUGGAAAAUGGUAUUGAGGAUGUGGAUACACAGGCGGUUCAUUACAACUCCAAAAACGGGUGUAGUGGCAGUAACUCUAAUCGUGCAACGGUUUCUGGGUGUGGUAGAGACAAAACUGGAUGGAAAAACUUACUAGCUAUCCGUGGCAUCAAGACUCAAACCGAAAGAAACGCCAUCCCCAUAUUGCCCAACAACGUCGCGGCUAUGACGGCUCUGGAAAAUACAGCAACUGCUCAAAUGAAGGAACAACGUAGAAGAAUAGCGGCAGGACUUGCAACCCCAAACAUGGUUAAUAAUGGAGCAGUGGCUUUCAGUCGCAACAUGAUAGGGGUAGAGCCGGGACAAAAGUUGAAUUUUGGAAACACUUUACAAAUUCCAAUGGGCAUGGGACGCGGACUGCAACCGGGAAGCUCUGUCAAUGGUGUUGUAGUAGGAGGGCUUGACCCAAGGCUUUUGCCAAGGGGAAACCUAGCAAAUGUGUUGCCCACCUGGGUAAAUGGUCCGGUUGCUUACGGAUACCCACAAGGCAUCAUGGGCAAUGGACCAGUGUCAGGUGGGCCUGCCAACAGGCAAACAGUGUUGGGGACGGGGAAUGGCAGCAAUGCACACCAUUUUAAUGCACUAGUAGGAGCUAGGAGAAGCUAUGAUGGGGUGAUGCUGGGAGUUGAUAAGAGAUUCAGGGAAAGCUCUGAAAGCAUUAUGACAACAGGCAAAGCUGCAAAGAAUUAUGCACUUGGAGCAGGAAGCAGCAAUAUGGCAAGUGUGAGAAAUUCACCACUGACUACGAGUGGAAAGGCUUCGGCUUUCAGAAACCCUGAUUUGUUGUUACCUGGCGGAAGCAGCAGCAGCCGCUCUGUAGCAAUUGAAAAAAGACGGAGGACUUCUCGUCCCCCAACAACAGACAUGCCAAAUAUCUCAAAUUCUAGCAAUGGCGAUUUGGGAAGUUGGGCAUGUGAUAUGUGCACCUUUCUGAAUCCAAGCUCUGCUAAUGUUUGCACCAUGUGUGCAGAUGAUGCUUCAGGCAACUGGGAAUGUGAUAAAUGCACUUUUGUCAACAAGAAUCGCCGUGCCACAACAUGCCAAAUCUGUGAACAGCCUAGAUGAAUCCUCUUCUGGCUUUUUGCACCUCUGCCAUAUAGAAUCUGGGAAUUCAACGGUAGGUGGAGGAUUAACCUUAUUGGUAAAUAUGGAGGAUGAAAUAAGCAAGCAAUUUUAGUACCUUAGUAAUUUUCUUGAUUCUAUUGCCUUGGUUGUAAACCAUUCUUGAUUUUUUGUUUUCCUGGUUUGUGGAUCACCGCUAAAUAACAUCGUCCUGUUUAU